AUCUCUCCUGGUAACUCUCUAUUUCUCUUUCUCCUGCUCUAAAUCUGCUGAUUUUUUUUAAUUAAUUGAACAAAUUUCCAGAAAUUAUCUACGGAGUACUUUUGUUUGCUGUUCUUCUCUUUGGAUUUUCGAUCUGGUGAACUAGUUAUGCGUACCAGAUUACUAGAACUUUUACUGUUUCUUUUUUUGCUCGAAUUCAUCUUCGAUUCGUAGAAAUGAUUACUUCUUGUUCUGGGUGUGUUUUAUAAGAAUAGAUGCUGGCUGAACAUCGGAUGAGCUCGAUUUGAGGGGGAUAACUCUCGGUGGUACUCGUUUUUAGACUUUAAGUAGCAUUUGUAUCUGUUUCAUUUCUUGUCAUGGAUUCUAGAUUGGUACAGAAUCAGGCGCGGGAAUCGCCAACUGAGAGUGCCAGUUCACGUGAUACGUCACCUACUGCUGAUGGAAUCGUGACGAAGAAGCGGGAUAAUGAGAGGAAUGAUAACGAUUGUUUUGAGCAAUCAGUAGUUAGGAGGAUCUUUACAGGAGAUAAAAUUACCCUCCGUACCAUAGCUGAGGAAAGAAUCGAUGUCAUCUCUGAGAAAAUGCAAAUUCUUCCAGAUGAACACUUUGAAGAGCUGAAGAAUGGCCUGCGUGUUGUUCUUGAAGGGAAUGGCGGCUCACAACAGCGGGAAGAAUUCUUGGGCUUGCAGAAGCUUGUUCAAAGUAGGUCAGACUUGACCCCUAAGACAUUGCUACGAGCUCACCGUGUGCAACUUGAAGUACUUGUUGCUAUGAAGAUGGGAAUCCAGGCUUUCUUACAUCCUAAUGUCUGCCUUUCUCAAACUUCUCUCAUUGAGAUUUUUGCCUAUAAGAGGUGCAGAAAUAUUGCGUGCCAAAAUCAGCUCCCUGUAGAUGACUGUACCUGUGAUGUGUGCACAAAUAAAAGUGGUUUCUGUAAUGUAUGCAUGUGUGUGAUAUGUACCAAGUUCGACUUUGAAGUGAAUACUUGCCGAUGGAUUGGCUGUGACUUAUGUUCACACUGGACUCAUACAGAUUGUGCAAUUCGUGAUGGAUUAAUUUGUAUGGGUACUUCUGCUAGGGUUGGGACUGGACAGGCUGAGAUGUUGUUUAGGUGUAGGGCUUGCAACAGGACCUCCGAACUUUUGGGUUGGGUUAAAGAUGUGUUCCAGCACUGCGCGCCCACUUGGAGCAGGACAGCUCUUAUGACGGAACUUGACAUAGUUGGCCGUAUUUUCCGUGGAAGUGAAGAUGUUAAAGGUAGGAAAUUGUUCUGGAAGUGUGAGGAACUUAUAGAAAAGAUGAAGGGUGGACUAGCUGAGGGAACAGCUAGCAGAGCGAUCCUGAUGUUCUUCCAAGAGCUCGAGACGGACCCAUUGAGAAAUGCAGGAAUAGGAGAAGGUGGAAGACUGUUAGCACCACAGGAGGCCUGUAAACAAAUUGCAGAAGUUGUACAGGAAGCUAUAAGGAAAAUGGAAAUGGUGGCUGAUGAAAAGCUGAGGAUGUUGAAGAAAGCCCGGCUGGGUCUUGAGACUUGUGACCGUGAGCUUGAAGACAAAGCAAGGGAAGCGUCAGAGCUGAAGCUUGAGAGGCAGAGAAGGAAGCAGCAGAUAGAUGAGCUUGAAAGCAUAGUGAAACUUAAACAGGCAGAAGCAGAUAUGUUCCAGCUUAAGGCUGAUGAGACUAGACGAGAAGCUGAGAUGCUCCAGAAAAUCGCUCUUGCUAAAUCAGAGAAAUCAGAAGAAGACUAUCGCACUAGAUACCUUAAACUUAAGCUGAGUGAAGCAGAAGCGGAAAAGAAACACCUGUUCCAGAAAAUGAAGGCUCAAGAGACCUCUCGUUCUCUGCAUGGAAAUGAUACUAAUGACUCUUCACAGAUGUUUGCUAAUGCGCUAAAAAAUGUGUACAAUGUUUCUUCCAGUGCUGAUUGCCAGACUAAUGAGAGGAACUCUGGAAGAAAAAAUUCGUGAAAGAUGAUAUUGUAUCAUAUCUUUUGAAUGGUAGGGAAAAGAUGUCGUUUCUAGGACUUAUCAAGGUGCAAAUGCAGGUACUGGUUCAUUCACUUCAUUCCUUAAGUUUUUGCUAUUUAAUUGGCAGUUGUAUUGAAGUAGGAAAAGCCGAAUGUACGAGGUCUUGUUUGUAGUCGGUUCCUGUGUUUCUUUUCGGCAUGAAAUGUAUUUGCUGGCUGUAAUUGACAAACUGGUUUAGUAUAUAUAUAUAUAUGAGCAUAAUUUAUAUAUUA